AUGGAUACUACAACAAAUAAUGAUAUUAUUCUCGAUAAACAAUCGAAUAAAAUCAGUGAUAAUAAAAUAAUUUCGUGUUUGAGAGAAAAAAAAUCAUCGACAUUGGUCUUUUGGCAACGAUUAAAAGUGGGAACAAGUCUUCGGAAUUUGUUUCGAUAUGCUACUCUUAUCGAUAUAUUUUAUAUAUUAUUGGCAACGAUGGCUUCAUGUUGUGUUGGUGUUAUUUUGCCAAUACAAGUGGUUGUGUUUGGUAAUUCAAUCAAUUCGUUUACUGAUCGAUCAUCAAACUUGUGUUCCAUGAAUCUCACUUCACUUGGCCAACAAUAUUGUCCAUCAGAAAUAGAACUGACUUCGACGAAUUUCUACAGAUUACAGUCAUUAUGUAAUUUUACUAAUACAAAUUUCACUAGUAAUAAUUAUAAUUUCAAAGAUCAAACAAAAAAUCAGGUGAUAUUUCUGGUUAUAAUUGGUUUUAUUAGUCUUAUCUGUGAAUAUAUUCGAAUAACAUUCUUUAACAUAACAGCUGAACGACAAAGUCGAAAUAUAAAACGAAGAUUAUUUGAAGCAAUUCUAAAAAAAGAUAUUGUUUAUUUUGAUAAACAUAAAACUGGUGAACUUAAUUCACUUUUAAUCGAUGAUGUUAAUAAAAUCCGUGACGGUCUCGGUGAUAAACUUGGUUUUAUUAUAGAAAUAUUUUCAAAUAUUUUAAGUAGUCUAAUUGUUGGUUUUAUUUUUGGAUGGCAAUUAACAAUAGUUAUGAUAGCUGUAUCACCGUUAAUACUUGCAGCAUUCAUUAUUACAUCAAAUAUCAUUACAAAGAUGUCUUUAGUUGAAUUACGAGCACAUGGAAAAGCUGGUGUAAUUGCUGAAGAGGUUAUUAGUUCUAUUCGUACUGUUUUUUCUUAUAAUGGUCAAGGAAGAGAGAUGCAAAGAUAUGAAAAACAUCUUGAUGAUGCUAAGAAAUGUAACAUUAGAAAAUAUACAAUUGAUGGUAUUACUCGUGGUAUACAAGUAUUUCUUUAUCGAGGUUUACAUGCAUUAAGUAUGUUGAUGACUUGA